CUCAACCCGGACACUUCCAGGGAUAGGGCAGCCACAGAUUCCCUGGAAAACCGGCGCCACGGCCUCCCCACCCUCCCGGGGAAGGAUUUGCUCCCAGUAUCCCUCCAAACGCGGCCCGCAGGGAUGCGCUUCCCCAUCCCGCGGCUCGGAGCCCGCCCCGCCCGCUCCGGCCCCGCCCGGGCUCUUCCUGCGGCAGGAGGAAGCGGCUCCCAGGCCAUGGAGCUGUGUCCGAGCCACUUCCCGGCUGCCCGGGCCGCGGCCCUGGCCCUGGGCUACCUGCGGUACCUGCGGGGCGGCCCCGGCCGGGGGCUGGAGCUGCGGGAGCUGCGGCGGGCCCGGCGCCAGGACAUUGAUGAUGUUGGGCACAAGUACUACCUGGAACUGGAGCUGGAAGAUGUGCUGGACAAAGACAGGACUGUGAAGUGCACUGCUGAGGUUCUCUAUCACCUGGGCAGCAAAGCCUCUGCCCCAGAUGUGCAGCUCACAGUGCAGGGAGAGCUCAGGAGCACAGAGGAAGCAGACAAGGAGUUCUACAAUCGGAUCAGGAGCCUGGAAAAGGAGCUUGUGGCAGAGAACAUCCCAGACAGCCACGGGAACGUUCCCCCAGCGCUGGAGCCCAUCCACCUGCUGGCCUGGGUGGCCUCUGGCUACGUGACCUGGCAGAAUUCCACUGAAAACACCAAGUUCCACCUUGCCCAAGUUAAACACGUGAAGCAAGUGAAAAGGAGUGAUGAAGAUCUUCAGUUUGACUAUGUGCUUCUACUCCAUGAAAUGGUGUCCCAGAGGCACGUGUUACCAUGGAAUCUGUCCAGCCAUUUUCCAUGUUCCAAACAAAUCCUGAAGUGCUGCUCUCUAAGUAGCAAACGAUUCAUUUGCUUAAAUCUCUGUACUUUUUCUUCUCUGACCUCACAUCCCAUUGUUUCCAAACACAGGAUUUUCCCCUGA